CAUAUAAAUAGCUAACCGAGUAAACUUACUUCGCGUGAACUCGAUGUCUUUACACACAGUUAUAUCCCGUUCAAUAAACGCAUUUUGGUUUACUUUGGGUCUAGUUCUAUUUGAAAGCUUCUAGGUUUUAAACGUAAAUAAGUACAGCUCAAACCCAGAGAGACAGUAGCUUUGCGUUGGAUUAUUUAAACUAGUCUAUAUACAUGUCAGUGUCACAAGUUAUAUGUGCUUAUAUGUCAGUUUACUUGUGUUCGGCGUUGAAAAGGUUGCGCAGCCGGCAAACUGUAUCUUUAGUUCUUUACAAGCACAACAAACUUUAAGUGCAAGAGGGAAAAUGCGUACGCCUCUGAGUUUUGCAGUGACGCACAGUGUGCUAAUUCUAAGAGAAUGCGAUUUAAACCUACGCCAUGUUAGAACAUUUUCAAGGUUCGCUGCACGAGGGACGUCGACGAAAUGCUUGAACUAUCCGCUUACUGCAUUUCAAAACCGCAGAAAUGUUUCUAUCGGGAGGGACAAGUCGGGUUCGGGAACCAUCUACCGGAGUCCGCUCCCUGCUGUGGAACUUCCGGUGCAGUCCAUCUCGGACUUUAUGUUUUCUCGUUUUAAGAAAUUUGGAAGUACCACAGCUCUGGUCGACCAUGGGACCAGAAGGUCCUACCUGUAUUCCCAACUGGAGGAUUUGUCCAGACGAGUGGGCAGCUUCCUCGCGCGCAAAGGUCUGCGCAAGGGUGAUGUCGUCUGCUACUAUGGAACCAACAAUCCGGAGUUCGCGCUCCUGUUGCUAGGAUGCUCGUCGGUCGGCGUUACCUUGACAACGACCAACCCAGCUUAUACACCGGCUGAGCUGAAGCAGCAGAUGACGAUCAUGGGAUGUAGGACCAUAUUCACCAUCCCUGCCUUGACCGCCAAAUGCAGGGAGGCAGGGUUCGAUGACCUUAUUGUAAUGGGCGGAUCGGAAGGUGGUCGUCCAUUCUCCGACGCCUUAUCCGACGACGGCCGAGCGUUCCCGAGUGACGUCCGAGUCGACCCGAAGGAAGACGUUGCCAUCGUGCCGUUCAGCAGCGGAACGACCGGUCUACCAAAGGGAGUGAUGCUAACACAUUAUAACAUCGUUUCCAAUCUCCUGCAGUUUAGGGGGAUGUUUGUCACAACCCCAGAGGACUGCAAUAUCGCCGUGUUGCCCUUCUUCCACUUAUAUGGGAUGGGACCCGUGUUAAUGGGAACUCUUCAGGACGGUGGCAAGAUGGUCACACUUCCUGCAUUCGACCCGGAGGCCUAUCUCAAUGCCAUUGUUCAACACAAGGCGAGUAUCAUCCACGUGGUCCCGCCCAUGGUUUUGUUCCUUACCCGACAUCCUCUGGUCGCCAAAUUCGAUUUAUCGCGCGUGCGUCAGGUGGUCACCGGUGCCGCGCCGCUAGGGGACGCUUUGACCAAGGAGUUCAUGGAGAAACGGAAGCUGCAGAUCAAACAGGGAUAUGGGAUGACGGAGCUGUCGCCAGUGGCGUCCAUAGACGUUGAGCCGGUAACCAUUGGAACUGUGGGUCCGCUUGUACCAAACUGUGAAGCAAAGAUUCUGGACUUGGACACGGGUGCGAGUCUCGGUCACAAUGAGGUUGGCGAGGUGUGUAUCCGGGGACCGCAAGUGAUGAAAGGUUACCAUGACAACCCGAAGGCAACCAGUCAGAUGAUUGACAAAGAGGGAUGGUUGCACACGGGUGACGUUGGCUUUUUCAGCGACAAAGGCCGCCUCGUGAUUUCAGACAGACUGAAAGAGCUCAUCAAAUACAAGGCAUUUCAGGUCGCGCCAGCUGAACUGGAGGACCUGCUCCACAAACAUCCGGCAGUGCUGGACGUGGCAGUUGUCGCUGCCGCCGACGAAAGGGCCGGCGAGGUCCCACAAGCGUUCGUCGUCAUCCGACCAAACAUGGCGGCGAAGGAGGAGGAGAUCAGAAAGUUCGUUGAUGACCAAGUAUCUGACCAUAAGAAGCUGAGGGGUGGAGUGAAAUUCCUGAAAGAAAUCCCAAAGUCGCCCAGCGGGAAAAUACUGAGACGACUUCUAAAAGACAUGAAGUAGAUGUCACAAGAAGUGUUAUAUUUCACCUUCAAUCUGGGAAAACGCUGUUUAAAUGCAUGAGCGUAUAGUGUCGUAACAGAAUAGCCUUUGCAGUCCGCACAGGUUUAUCUGGGACGACAAUUUAUGCACAUGCAUACAAACUCACAGAGCGAGGCUCAUUUUAUAUUAUCAUUCUUUGCAAAUAGUUGGAUGUGCAAUGAAGACAUCCUAUGAUAAGCUUCAAACUGUAUAGUUUGAAAAACUUUAUGAUGAGUAAAUCUGUAAAAAAAAAUCAGGGUGAUUCGUAAUAAACAUAUAUGUAUUUAUGUCCAUUUAUGUCCUAUUAACAUUUCUAUUAAAAUAAAAUCUAGAGCUACUGAGUGA